AUGGCUGCUGUGUCCUCUGCCUCUGACACUGUUUCAGCAGGGGACGGCAGAGGUCGUCACCCUCCUGAACGCCGGCUGCUGAUCCUUGGGGGCCCAAAAUCUGGUAAGACCUCUUCAGCCAACACCAUUCUGGGAGAAGAAAUAUUUGACCCCGGGACAGAGACUACUCACAGCAACGUGGGUCAGACAGAGAUCUUCGGACGUCGGGUCACUGUGGUAGACACGCCCCCGUGGGUCGUCCCUAGUGACCCGGAGGAUGACACCGAAACGGAUGAUAAUGGAAAUACUGGCGCAGAGUCAGAGAGCCUCCCAAGACCCCCACCAAGCCUUGACAGUGAGGGGCCCUGCAUGGGGGCCAUCCUCUGCCCACCUGGACCUCACGCAAUUUUGCUGGCGGUGUCGGUCACGCAGCCUUUCACUGAUAUCGAGAGGAGAGCCGCGGAAGAGCAACUUGGGGCCCUUGGAGGCGGAACGUGGAGAUACUCCAUGGUGCUCUUCACUGGAGUGGACAAGUUACAGAAAGGAGUCUUCAUUGAAGAGCACAUUGCAAACACAGGAGAGGCCCUGCAGUGGCUGGUGGAAAGAUGUGGAAGCAGGUACCAUGCUUUUGAUAACAGCUGGAAAGACACCGAGGACAAUACACAAGUACCUGAGCUGAUGGAAAAAGUGGAGGAAAUGAUCACUGACAAUCAAGGCUGGUACUUUGAGGUGAACGAGUUAAUUUUGCUGGAGGAAGAGCAGGCCAGGAGAGCACUGGAUGAGGAGAGGAUGAGGAUGGAGGAGCAUGCUCGGCAGAGAGAGCAGAUGAUCGGAGGUCCUCCCAGAGAGCUAAGGUUGCUGCUGUUAGGCUGGAAGGGUGUUGGAAAGAGCUCCGUGGGGAACGCCAUCUUGGGCCGUCGGUUCUUUGAGUCGGGCCAGGAGACGGACCUCUGUCUUCGCAGGCAGGCACUAGUGUCCGGUCGGCGAGUCACCAUAGUCGACACCCCGGGUUGGGAUUGGUUUUCAGUGCGGCGCACACCGAAGCGCAUCCGUCAAGAGUCGCAGCGUGGUGCCGCCCUUCUGCGACCGGGACCCCACACGCUGCUGCUGGUUCUCCCGGUUGUCUCCUCCCUCACUGCCAGGAAAAGAAGAACACUUUUGGCUCACAUUGAGACUCUUUUUGGGGACAGCGCCUGCCUCCACACCAUGGUGCUGUUCAGUUGUGGCGACUGGCUAGGCCGCACCCCCAUUGAGGAGCACAUACUCAGAGGGGGACGGGAACUGCAAAGACUGCUGGAGUAUUGUGGGAACUAUUACCACGUCUUGGACAGUAAGACCCCUGGCAAGGACAGGAGUGUCUCAAACCUCCUGGAUAGGAUCGAGGAGAUGAUCAGGGAGAACGGGGACAAAGCCUUCCUUCCUGUCCAGACCGAGUGGUUGAGCGAGGAGAGCUCUUACUCAUCGGACAACACUGAGCCCGAGGAUGACUGUCGAGGGUGCCAACUGCAGUGA